AUGAACGAUUCGCUUAUCCACGUGAACCCAAUCUUCUCGCACCAUGCCUCCCUCGCCAAGAGAAACAUCUCUCGGCCAGUCGACGAUCCAGCUGCUCUCGUCCUAGAGGCCUGGUCCCAGGGUCUGAUGACGGGUUCCCUGGUCAUAAUGGCCGCGAUCACCUACGCAAACAUGCGAAAAGGCGCCUUGUUGCACAAGCUGAUCUUAUUAGAGUUGAUCUUGGCCAUGCCUCAUGGGACCUUCAUUUUCGCCCCAGAACCAGCGUAUGGGUGGUACCUGGCAUCGACAGCGAUUGGGCUGAUCAUAUCCUGGUCUUUGCAUAAUGUGAUCUCGUGGAUGAAAAACAGGCCCUUCAUGAGUCGCGGGCUCUCUCUCGUCUACAUCGGGACCAUUAUCCUCGCUCAGCCGUAUUGGGGGACAGAAAUUUACGCCAAUUUUGCUUACUUCAACAGAAUCGAUCCUACCGUCUAUGAGAGGAUUCGACCGUGGGAAGCACUGUUUCGCGAUCCCUGGUGGAUCUACACGACGUGUAAUCUCUUUUGGGUGGUCAAGACCCAUUAUAAUUUCGGUAUCGUGGAGCUUGUGCGUGAAUGUCCCCGCUUCGGCCUCAUGCUGGGAUCAAUGUGCCUCUCCAUUGCAUUUCUCAUUGCAGACAUCUUGAGCGUGACUGAGACGUUCCGGGGAGCGAUGCCCCUGGGGAUCAAUCCAUUCUGGAAGCUGUGUUUCAUGUUUAAAUGUCUCUGCGAUACCAUUAUUCUGGACGACUUCAAGACCGCACUCGAUAAGCUCAGUGCCCGGUGGCUUUUGCGGCACGGAAUGCAGGAUCUCCACGCCUUAGUAGAGCUCACUCUCCCCAUCGGACGUGCAUCAGACUAUGGAAGCAACCCAACAUUUACCAAUGAGCGCCCGUCUCUAAGCAUCCAUCAUGAGACCCUACCUUUGAAACGCCCAGACAGUGUCGCACAUUGUGCGUGA